AAUAUUUCAGUAUCAGCUUUUCACAGGCAUUGGCUACGCUGCAGAGCCCUUGAUCAAUAAGAGCUGGCAAAGCCUGCGAGGUUUGCCACACUGUCUUCAUCCAGCAGAGGAGCAGGAGCAAACAGAGACUGGCAGAGAAUCUGAAUCUCCUCUGAGGCUCCUGCAGGUGAUACUCGAGCAAGCAGAAAGGAUGGAUGUCUUUAAGAAAGGUUUCUCCAUCGCUAAGGAGGGUGUUGUGGCUGCUGCGGAGAAGACCAAGCAGGGAGUGACGGAGGCUGCGGAGAAGACCAAGGAGGGUGUGAUGUAUGUAGGUGCCAAAACCAAGGAAGGGGUAGUGCAUAGUGUGACCUCAGUUGCUGAGAAGACCAAAGAGCAGGCCAACGUUGUGGGAGAAGCAGUAGUAGCCAGCGUGAACACAGUGGCAAACAAGACYGUAGAAGGAGCAGAGACCAUUGUGGCCACUACAGGAGUUGUAAAAAAGGAGGAGCUGGCUCCGCCGGAGCAGCCGGCGGCGGCGGGAGAGGCGAUGCCAGACGCGGAGGGUGCCGGACAGGGUGAAAAUGAAGGCAAUUAGUCAACCUAGGGACUCCUAGCCCGAGAGAGACAAUUCCAGGAGCGUAUAUGGAAAUACUAGCUGACACCACAACAGGAGAACCCCRCUCCCCAUAGACUAACUGCAUUCAGCACCGUAGUCUGUCACUCGCCCCAUAAACCAUUCACCCAAUACAUGUAAGUCAGGCUCCUGAUAAUAUGUAAAGUGCAGUGGUUUACUAUGGUAUGUGUCUCUCUAACCACGUCCCUUGUGGCUUCCUGACCCACCGGCUUUGAGUGCUGUGAUGCUCCAGUUUGUUGUGGGACCCACGGAUAAGUGUCUCAUGUCCAUCYGCGCGGGCACUUGGGAUCUCUAGGUAUCAUGGAAAUAUUUUUU